CGCCUUCCAGCUACGGCAGUCUCUCUACCAGGCUUUCGGAAGAUGCACGUUGCAGGAGCUGAGGUUGCCGUUGAACAGCUUGCAGGAGCGCAGGUGCAUUUUAACAUAAACCUGUGGUGAAGAAGCAGGAGACAGCACAGAGACAAUCUGCCAUUCGCACUGGAAAUACAAUCAAAUUGCCCACCGCUGUCACCUGUGAACAUGGAUCGCUACUGAGGUUGUGCGCUGCGAGAGGGAAGGAAGAAACGGACCCGUAUCCAACGGAGAAGCCUAGUCCUCCCCAAAAGCAUCUCUUUCUUUGGCACAGCAGAAUGCCCUUUUGUUUCUGAUUGUGCCAUUUCUUCUCCCUACAUUGCAAAAUGAUUCCUGAGCACCAGAACCAUGUUGUUACAACAAUUGAGACCAUUCCUCCGGAGACGGUUACGACGUCGCCGACGCUCUUCCAGAGGAUAAAGAAAGUGUUUAACAGAGAGCUGCUGCUCACCUUGGCACUGGGCCAGGUCCUCUCCCUGCUCAUCUGUGGCAUCGGCCUGACCAGCAAGUACCUGGCGGACGACUAUCAUGCCAACACGCCCGUCUUCCAGAGCUUCCUCAACUACAUCCUCCUCUUUCUGGUCUACACCACCACUCUGGCCGUCAGGCAAGGAGAGGAGAACUUGCUGGCCAUUCUGAAGAGGCGUUGGUGGAAGUACAUGAUUCUGGGCCUGGUGGACAUCGAGGCGAACUACCUGGUUAUCAAGGCUUACCAGUACACCACACUAACCAGCGUGCAGCUCCUGGACUGCUUCGUGAUCCCGGUGGUGCUGCUGCUCUCCUGGUUCUUCCUGCUGGUGAGGUACAAGGCGGUGCACUUUGUGGGCGUGGCCGUGUGUCUGCUGGGGAUGGGCUGCAUGGUGGGGGCCGACGUGCUGGUGGGACGGCAACAGGGCCUGGGCGACAACAAGCUGCUGGGGGACCUGCUGGUGCUGGCGGGGGCCACGCUGUACGGCAUCUCCAACGUGUGUGAGGAGUUCAUCGUCAAGAACCUCAGCAGGGUGGAGUUCCUGGGCAUGAUGGGCCUCUUUGGAUCCUUCUUCAGCGGCAUCCAGCUGGCCAUCAUGGAGCACAAGCAGCUGCUGAGGGUGCAGUGGGACUGGCAGAUAGGUCUCCUGUAUAUUGGCUUCAGUGGGUGCAUGUUCGGCCUGUACAGCUUCAUGCCGGUGGUCAUCAGGAGGACGAGUGCCACGGCCGUCAACCUGUCUCUGCUCACCGCCGACCUCUACAGCCUCUUCUGCGGCCUCUUCCUCUUCCAGUACAAGUUUUCGGCGCUGUACCUGCUGUCGUUCCUCAUCAUCAUGCUGGGCUUGGUCUUCUACUCCUCCUCCUCCACCUACGUGGCGCAGGACCCGCGUGUCUACAAACAGUUCCGCAACGUUGCCGGCGGCAACCACCACCACGUGGCGGACCACACGUCCGCGUCCCGGCCCCUGGAGCCCUCGGUCACCUACACCAGCUUGGGACAGGAAGUGGAGGAGGAGCCUCGCAUCCGCGUGGCCUGAUGCUCACACUGUGGGGGAGGAGACUGACGAACCCUCGGGUACCAGGGACCUGACUGCCCACCGGCCGCCCACCCUUGUGUUUUCCACAGUAACAUUUAGCCGUGUUAAUUCAACAACAGUAUCUUGAGCAUAUUAUAUUGCCCCAUUAGAUAUUGUGCAUUGAGUUAGAUGCAACUCUUUGAGUAUUGACUUAAAGGGACACUGUGUGAGAUUUUUAGUUGUUUAUUUCCAGAAUUCAUGCUACCCAUUCACUAAUGUUACCUUUCUCAUGAAUA